ACGCUGCUCGCGGCUACACCACACUCGCGUUAGCUUGUUCGUACAUCACACAUCGUUUUAGACGGGUUUCCUUCGCAUUCAAACGGUAUCGCCGAUGCAAAUUCUAAGAAAACGAAAAGUCUACCAACAAAACCUAGCAAUUUUUGCGACCAUAAACAAAAGGCCAAGCAAGAAGCAGAGUGUAAACGGAGGGCACGGGCGUGCAACCAAACAUAAACACAGCUAGAAAACACAUAACGGGUAUUUUGGCAUCGGGCGCGUUUAAUUCGAGCAGCUGUACUAAUUUAUGAAAAGGUGAAUGGAUAAAUAUUUAUCAGAGCCAAAAAAGAGGCACAUUGAAAUUUAAAUAAAAAAACAUACAUACAUAUAUGUAAAUUGCAUAUGUAUGCAUGCGUAUAUGUAAACCGAAGAACUUUGGUGCGGUUAUAGCGAAAAUAGUGUUCCAAAAAAAGCCGCUUAGCGUCUGGUGGGUCUGCCUUUGCGAAAUUUUGCAAAAUUUACCACAGUCGACGCACACGCUGCUACACACAUACAUAAGUACAUGCAGUGGCGUUAAACAAGUUUUGGCGAAAAAGUGCAAAACGGAAAGAAUUUGCUUUUGUUGCAAACCGAUUGUGAGACCAAAAAGUGUAAGCCAAAAUUGUGGUGUAAUUCCGUGUUUAAAAAUAGUCAUUCAGCAAUAAAUCGCUUGCUGUGUCAGCGUGCUACGGCCAAACACAACAAAAGCAACACAAAGGAAAAGCAUAAAAAGUUUUGAAGAAAGAAAAUAAAAAUCAAAAAUAAAAAUUACAGGAAGUGCAAAACAUACAGCAAUAAAAGCGAAAAUACAUUUUGCAGCGGAGCGUUGCAUGCAGCAAACGUCGUUCAAAUAACGCUACAUACUGCAUCUACAACAACAACAGAUUUUAAUUAUUAAAUUACACAGCUGAAGCUUAGCUACCAUGGCGCCCACAAUCUGUUCUGAGAAAAAGCCGCGCCAGAUACGCGCAAAUCUCAAGGAAAUACGCCGCCAGCCAAAUAACGCAGCCAACGCUUUAUUGUCAACGCUAGCGACGACCGGCAGCGCUGCAACAAAUGGUAGUGGCACAUCCAGCAUUAUAAAUUACGUGGCAGGUGGACGCAUCUCAUCCACUCUGCGCGUACGUGGCCCAAGUGACGACAGUGCAGCCGACAUAUCCUACACAGAACCGUUACGCGGUGAACGGUUGCAUAUGGAGGACGAGGAGGAUGAACACGAAUUAUCCGAGAAUUUUGUCUCUUCAUCCACCAUGGGACCGGAAUUGGUGCGCGCAAUAAUCGACGAACAUAUGGAGCUGGACAAUGACACACUCGAUGAAGAAGACUGCGAAGUACAUUCCAUAACAAGUGGCGCGCGCUAUCACAAUGACAUUGCUGCCACCAACAGCAACAGCAAUAACAACAAGCAUAGUAGCCAAGCACGACAAAUGCUGCAUUGCACCGUUAAAACAGUAUUCCCAGCACCAACGCUGAGCGACAAACAAAUGCUGGCAACACACACAACGAAUUUGAGCGCCAACAAGUGCAACAACAACAGUCACAAGCGUCUUUACGGCAGCGAUGAAGAGGACACCGACUCCGACACAUAUUCCAGCAUGUGUGAGAUCAAGAAAACCGAAGGACUGCUAUCGAUAGCGUUGAAGACGAUCAAACUGGUGAAACGUAAUCAAUUGUUGCAACGACGUCUGGCGCAGCUGCAGGUCGAGACAUCGGAGUUCAUACAAUCGGUAAUGGCAAAUCCGGAGAAUCGACACAUACGCGGUAAUAUGAAUUCGCCGGCAACAACAAUAUCGUCAACACCGUCAUCACCUUCAAUGCCUUCGCCUUCAACCGAAUCACCGCUAACACCGUUACAAUCGCCAACAACAACAACAACAACAAUGCAGCAUAGUCAAAAUGCCGCGGAGGCCUAAAAUGUUGCCUGGACUGGAGAUAGCCUAAGCGUAGUUUUAUUGUAGCGAGCAGCAUGUUGCCGACGCUUGGCAACAUGUUGCUGACGUUCGGAAACAUGUUGCACAAACACUAAAACGUAGCUUAGACUGGAGAUAGCCUAAGCGUAGUUUUAUUGUAGCGAGCAGCAUGUUGCCGACGCUUGGCAACAUGCUGCCCACACACUUCAAUGUUGCGAAGCACAAUUCAACUAACAUUUAUACAUAUACUUAUACAUAGGUAUCCACCCACAUAUACGCAUAUAUACAAGUACAUCAUUUGAGUGAUUUGCUUUUGCGCGGCGUGUUUUUGUUUUUGGUUUUUCUUAUGUUGGCAGUCAGCCGAGCUGCUUGCAUUGCAUACUUGCAGGCGUACCUCAAUUCUCUUUCAAAAUGUGAUAAAUCAGCAAAAACAAUGCAAGCACACCACAGCGUAGCCGCUUUUUAUAAAUAUUAUAAAAAAAAUCAAAUCAUAUAUACGCAUAGACAUACACAUAGACAUAUAUAAUAUGAUAAUAUAUAAUAUAAAAAGUAAAUUUAUGUAUAUAAAAUAGCUAUAAAUAUGCUACAGCAUAUACUAUACACACAUACAUAAGUAUAUGUGAUUAAAUAUCAACAAAGCAAAGUUAAAGAAAAACCAACAACAACAGCAACAAAAAUAAUACAACAAACAUUUGAACACAGUGAAACUACUCAUUUUCUAGCAUUAAAGUAUGUAACUAGUCACAACAUACAUAGCACCCAAAAGAGGGAAGAGGGCUUCAGGAAAGGCUGCGGUAGCGCUGCAAGCGACCAAAUGUUGUUGGCAACACACUCAGCAUACAUACAUACAAACAUAUUUAGCAAUACCGUUAGCAUUGUAGUGAUCUCAGACGAAAGUUUUUCUGUGCGUUUAAAGCAAAAAUGAAAAACUGAAAAAAACUCACAAGAAAAAAAAUUAAAAAAUUCCUCUAACAAUCAUUCAAAGCGCUAUAACACAUUUGUUGGCCACAUUACUCCCAUUACGCAUUGAAAUUAAACUUUGAAUAAUAGAAUUUUCAAAGUUUUUAAAUAUUUAAAAAAAUUAAAAAAUCUAAAAAAUAUUAGUGAAUUUUGAAAACAAACACUGCUCACACAAAGAGCACAUUUUCUGCUUACAAUACUAUAUAAACAUAUAUUUUAAUGCAUUUUCGCCUUAAUAUUAACGCUUUUUGUACGAGAAACCUUUGCUGCUCCUAAAAAUAUGCCAAAUAUUUCUAAGCUUAGUAACGUAGCGUCUAGUUUGGCUUCUAGCUUUGUUCAAUAUCAAUUGCGUUUUUGUUAUUGUUGCUUUUCAUACAAACAUGCUUUUGUAGCACUGAACAACUAUAGUAUUUUAACUGGUUAUUGUAUAUGUAGCGCGUAAUAAACUCGUAUUUAUAAUUUCUAUAUAGAAAAUGUACUGAUUGAUAACUAAAAGUUUAACAUUUUAUUGAGCGUAGUGAAUAAAAUGUGAGCAUAGUUCGUAAAUGGUAGUGAGACGUUGAAAAUUUAACAUAAGAAAUGCUAAGUAAUAGCCUCAGCAAGUAAGAAAUGUAAUGUUUGUCAGAUCGGCGAAAAAAAAUACAAUUUAACAAUAAAAAUAACUAAUAAAUAAUAAUUUGAAAUUCUUUUAUUUUUUAUAUUAAAUUUAUGGCGACGCUCAAAGCUAAAAAUUAAAAAUAUAUUUUUAAAGAAAACAAAAAAUAAAUAAAUAAAUCAAAAUAAAAAAUAUUAUUUUAAUAUUGUCUAAAAAUUAUAUAAAUGAGUAAAAAAUCGAAGAUUAAAAUUGAAAAUAUUGUUUUAUAAUAAUAUUGUCAAAAAUUGUAUAAAUUAGUAAAUGAAUCGAAUUUUUUUUUU